UAAAAAGUACAUCACAUCUCCAACUAUCAAAAUUUGUUUGAUCACCAACAACGUAACGUAACACGGUUUUCCUCAAUACGCGCUAUCUGGUAGUAGUGUAAUUGUGUGUAGUAAUCAGUAAUUCAUAAUCUAAAGCCUAAAUCGUAUCAAUCACACACAAUUCACCAUCACGGAAUGUUUUUUCCGUGCAAUUCACAAUAAAUAUAUAUUCUCCAAAUAUUCAUAUAGUGUAUUGUAUGUAUUAUCCAUCGUUACCAUUCUAAAAGUAAGGGGAGUAGUCGCCUAUAUUCACGACGAUUAAAUAAAUAAACUGUAAAGAAAUAUGGCCAAAUCAAGUAAAACAGCACAGGAGUUUAUUCAGGGAUCCUUUUCGCCAAUUAUUGCUGUUUUAUGUAGCCCGAAAGUUGAAAAUGUCGUUUCAAAAAACAAUUUGUCGCUUGCGGAAUUGUUUCAACCAUUUGGAAGUUUGGAUUGGGAAGGUCAAUUUAGAGAGCCAGGUGGAAGUGUGUGUAUUGUAAAGAAUUGGAAACUUAUCAUAAGAGAUGUGAAUUGGAAGCCCUUGCAGCCAAUGGAGGCUAGAAAACAACUAAACAAUUCAGUAUUGCAUAAUUUUAAUGAUAAGACAGUAUCCCUUGAACUAGAGAAUCGUAAAUUUGAUGUACCACAAUCUACACCAUGGUUUGAUGCUUGGAGGGAAACUUACUUGGAAGUACAAUUUCCAUCAGAUCAUGAAUUCACCAAGCACUUUUUGUCUUGUAUCAUCGUGGGGACAACCAAUGAGGAUAAUAUUAUUGACUGCUUUAAUUCUCUAAAUCAACAAUAUGCUCAACUGCAAAAUGUAUCACCUCCGAAACUGCCAAAAUGGUUCAACAGUGGGGUACUAAAGUCUUACCUGCUCCUGCAUGAUGUGUCAUCUGUGCCAAAAGAAAAAGCUGAUUCUUCUUUCGAGUCACUGAAACAAACUUUUGGAGCAGGAAAUUGCUUUUUGCUGACAAUCAAUUCAAAAACAAACACUGAUGCAAACUUGCCAACAGAUUUAUGGGCGCAAUUCAUAAAAAGACCAGCAGAUACAAAUAUGGAAAUGUCAUCAUCGCUAUCAACUCUACCUGGCUCCCUACAAGAACCACCAGUCGUGUCUCUAGUUACCACUGCAGAAGAUCCUAGUAAUAUAAAUACAUCUGCCAAUCCAGAAGUUAUGCAUCCAUUGACUACUUCGGAAAACGAUGUAUAUGACAAUGCAAACAGCCUUCAGACACAUUCUUUUUCUGGUAGCUCAGAAAGUGUUAGCGUUGCGGGAAAAACCUUCGAUUAUUCCAGCGAGGUAUAUGGUGCCGCUUUGAAUGCGAAUGAUAUUGACGGCAUAAAGAAGUUCCUUCAUGAGUAUGCCUCUAAAGCCUUGUUGCCGUAUGUAGAGAAAUUGAUUUCACAAUUGUCUGAAGUGGUUGCUAACAGAAAAGGGGUUAGUCGGUCAUUGCUUUCUGCUACUAAGAGGUGGUUCGGAACAGGAAAGGGCGGGAAUACGACUGUAAAUAACACAGUAAUAUACACAAAUGACUGCCCAGAGCUACAGUUGCGGCGUUUGGGAGAUCUAUGGUUUUUGUGCGGUCAAUGGCAGCGCGCAUUCGACACGUAUCACACCGCCAAGCGGGAGUUCUACGCAGACAGCGCCUGGCUAUGCUACGCGGGGGCGCUCGAGAUGGCCGCUUUAAGCGCCUUCAUGGCCGGAGACAGCAACCGCAAGACUCAUGGCUAUAUGGAAGAAAGCAUCACUACGUACAUGAACACGUGCCGAAUGAUCCAGUAUGCAGUUCGAGCGACGCUAUUGUCAGUUUUAUGCUUGAGUAGUUCCGGGCAACACGGAGAAGCAGCCAAGCAGCUAAUCCGCAUGACGUCAGAAGACAGUGAUUUGCGUAGUGCCAUGUUGCUGGAACAAGCGGCCCUGUGCUUCCUCUCAGGUCCCGGCUCCAAGGCGAUGUGCAGGAAAUACGCCUUCCACAUGGUGUUGGCUGGCCAUAGAUUUUCAAAAGCAGGGCAGAAGAAGCAUGCAUAUAGAUGCUACGAACAAGCUUAUCAGGUAUACGCGGAGAGCGGGUGGCGAUUGUCAACGGACCACGUGCAGUUUGCGCUGGGGCGACUCGCAGGCGCUCUGAAGCGGACGCAGCUGGCCGUGCGCUGGCUGGCGGCGCCGCUCGCGCCCGCCACGCCGCAGCCGGCGCUGCAGCAGGACGGCUUCCUGCGCGAGUACAUGGCGGCGCACCAGCAAUGGGUCGAAAGCACUGAAGAAUUCAAAGAUCGGUUGCCAGUUCUACCUUUACCACUGUUGGAGCGUUCAGCCACGGUCGUUCUGAGCGUGGGUCCCGCCCCCCUCUCCUCUCCCGGCCGUGUCCCCGCCACGUCAUUGACGUUACAACGCUCCGCCCAUGAGGAGAAGUAUUGGCACAAACUGGAAGAGAUGCUAUUACAAGUAGCUCAAGGCUCGGUUCCAAUGAUUUUCAAGCCCACCGUUGACUUGUAUACAGAAGAUACCGAUGCCAAUCCGAUUGUGCCGCGGGGAGAGCCCAUACAAAUAUCAAUAACGUUAAGGAAUCCAUUAAAGAUUACUCUGUUGCUGAAAGAUGUAGAAUUGCUUUGGGAAUUCGAGCCAAGUGCACAAGAGUCCCAGAAUCCUGAAGGAAUUUUAAACAACGAGCCAGCGGUUGCGGCGGGGAAUGCUGUUGAAAGCAACGUCAUUUAUGGACCCAAAAUUAAAUCAGUUGUUUUGGAGGGAGAAUGCACUAAAGUUCUGACAUUUUCAGUGACUCCGUUAAAAGUUGGCCAAAUAUGUGUCCACGCUUUAGCUUAUAAGUUGAUAAAUGGAGGUGAGACAGGUAUUCCAAACGGAAAUAAUGUGACAAUAUCAGGAAAAGUUAAUCUAAUAUCAGGUGAAAACAGUCUGGAUAAACGUUUGUUUAUUAAAGUUAUGCCGGAGGCGCCAUGUUUACAGAUGACAUUCUCUGACACGAGUACCGAAGUGAUAUCAGGGGAAAUGCUGACAGUUGAUGUGGAGUUCCGGAACGUGGGUCCGGUGGAACUGAGGGACCUGCACGUGGCCGUGUCCCACCCCGAGUGCCUCGCCCUCCUCAGCGAGGACCAGCAGACUGACGACUUUGCCGCCCUCUACGAGGAGAAAUACAAAGAAGCUCCAGUAUUUUCUGACGAGCGCUGCGCGCGCUCGCAGCUGUGGCAGAGGGCGUGCGCGCGGCACGUGCGCGCAGGCCCGGGCGACGGCACGCUCGGGCGCGGCGCGAGCGUGCGCGCGCGUCUGCUGCUGCGUGCGCGACGUGUCGGCGCCGCGCUGCGGCUGCUGGCCUACUACCGCACCGGCCAGACCGAGCGCGGCUACCGUCUGCUGCGGCAUGUCUUUCGCUUCCAUGUCACGGAUUCUGUAGAACUUUCGAUAACUCCACGCCGCAGUUUGGAAACCGUGAAUCAGGAAACGAUUGAAAACAUGAGCUUAGCAGUAGAAGUAAAAAACAUCAGUAACGAAAAAGAUGACAAUAUUGAAGUUAAAGUUUUGGAGGCCUCCCUGCUGAGCAGGAAUUGGAAGCUAAUCAAUCUUACUGCAGCCAAAGAUCGAGACGACCCUCUCGUUGCCCACGAAAGGUUACACCUUAUCUUCAAAGCUAGGAGGAUUCUCGAACAAAUUGCUGAUAAAAAAGUAGAAUACAGUUGUUUAAAAAUAUCCAAAGGUCACCCGGAAAGUGCGCCCGAUAUCAAUCAACCACCUUAUUCAACAUUUGUGCUGGACUCGCAAUCAUCCAUCACAGAUCCAUUGAUUCAAGACAAGGGAAAUAAUAACACUGGCCUCAUUCGGUCCAUGUUCGUACUCAGGUGGCUGGUACAUAACAAAACUAAAAAUAGGACAUCCGUAGGACAGCAUUGUAUUUGGUUGGAAUGCUUCACCAAGGCUCUGUCACACGAUAAAGAUAAUAUUAUAUCACCAGAUUUGCCCUCUCUACAUCUCGACGAAACAUGUGACAGUAAAUCUGAUUUAGUUGAAGGGAAAAAGAAGACUAAGAAAGAUAAUGUUGUCCUGUUCAAAUUAGAACACAGUAACAGAAUCAGUCACAACUUCUCGCAAAAUAAGCUUUGCAUGGUGCCAAUUACAAUCAAUGUUGUAAACUGUUACGAGGUUCCCGUUGAAGUUUUCAUAGAAAUGACGAAACAACAGAACAGGGAAUCGUCCGGGUGUAUGGGAUGGGCGGGCGCGCUGAGCUCGGAGGCGCGCGGCGCGGCGACGGGCGUGCGCGUGUCGCUGGCGCGGUUCUCGAGCGCGCGCGUGCGCGUGCGCGCGCUGUGCGCCGCGCCCGGCACCUACCAGCCCGGCGCCGCCUUCGGGCUGCGCGUGGCGCGCCUCGGCCGUCUCGACCGCCUCGAACACGACCACCUCCCCACUAACACCUCGCUCUUAAUUGUCACCGAUGCCGCUUCCUAGGUUACGACUCCCGUUAUUCACUUAUGUUUUAUUUGCGACCUGGCCUGGGUAGAAAUUGUCGAAAUAACAAUCACGCAAAGUCUAGUUUGAAUGGAUUUAGAUAAAAUUUGGUGAAUAUGCUUGGUAUAUCCUAAUAUACCAAAAAAUAUCCACCCGUCUACCGAAUUUUAUCGAAAUCUAUCCAUACUAGAUUUUGCUAAAAACUAGAUUUUUCGUUAUUUCCCGAAAUUGAAGCGAAAGCGAAGCCCCAGUGUAAAGCUUGUAAAUAAUAAAUCUUAAGUGCUUACGUGAAAUUUUAGGCAAUUGCAUAUUCAUUAUUUCUUGUCCUCUUGGACCUGAGUUUUGUAGAUAUUAGAUGUAUAGCCGGAGUGUAUAUGUGUACGUACAGCCGGUCUCAGUGGGUUGAUACAUUAAUUAAUAUAAUCGGAAAUCUACUUAAUCACCUGCGACCGACUAGAAGAACAUGCAGAAUGCACUAGCAGAAUACCUAGGACUAGCAGAUAUGAUAAAAGCAAAAAUUAGGUCUAGUGGAAGGUAAGCACAUUAAACCUAGUAUUGUAACCAGCAGAGAUCGGCUAAAAUAAUAAAGGCUAAACUUAGAACUAGGCGACCAUAAGUAGGCUACACCUAAAUGUAGCCAACUCUCUAAGGUCUAGCCGGCUAAAUUUAGGUGUUUAACCUUAACAUAUAUAAAAAUGUAUUUUUUAAAAUGUAAUAUAGACUUCUAAAUUUUUUAAUCGUAUUUAAUUUAUUAUUUCAAUUUACUUUAAAAACAUGUAUGACAUGAAUAACAACCAAUAUAAAAUUUGGCAUUA